UAUCGGAGAGGGAGGUUCUUAAGCAAAGUUUGGCUUGUUAGGGAAAGUUCCUAACUGUCAGGGCUGUCGAAGGGGGCUUGAUGGAAGAAAGACGGGACAACGUCUUGUCAGCAAACAACACUUACAGUUUACAAUUCUUGGAACGCAAAAGACCCGUGUGAAAAUCCCCGAGGAAGGAUACAACGUCGUACAGAACUUGAUGAAGUUUAUAUCGCCGGCGCCACGCUUUCUAUGUCUAAAGUGCAUGGUUCUAGCGGGGUAUAAGUGGUUCACUACAAAAUGGAAAGUGUUUGAAAUGACAGUCGGUACAGUGAGGAUAAAGCAUAAUAACAUAUUGUCUUAAUUUACCUUCCAACAAGAUGAUUUACUUGCACAGCGGACUUGCACAAACUUUCUCUCCAAUUUACUUUUUGGUUGCAGCGGGGAUCUUCGCGAUGUUUGACAACAGUAAAACAUUUGGAUUUGAAGAAGAGACGGAGAGCUUUCUACAGGGGCUUCCGCAGUACGAGGUCGUUCACCCCUACCGAGUGGACGCCAAAGGUCACUUCCUGUCCAACUUUGUGUCCCACCGCGUCAGCCGAGUACAGCGGCGGGAAACCCACGGGGAACCAGGAAACGCUACACGGGUGUUCUACCAGUUGCAGCACGGUGGCCACAAUCUGCACUUCAACCUCACCCUCAACCCACACCUGCUGGCUCCUGGCUUCCUGACUGAGAGGAGGUACGGUGGCCUGGAGGGGGCCAAAAUACACAGCCAAGGCCCCUCGCUGUGCCACUUUAUCGGGGACGUGUGGGACCGGGCGACUAUGAAGGGGAGGGCGGCUAUAAGCACUUGUGACGGCCUGACAGGGCUGUUCAAGCUGUCCCAGGAGGAGUUCUUUAUCCGGCCAUUGGAGCGGUCUAGUGAUGAGUCGACGGCACCACAAGUCCACAUUAUCUACAAGCGCCACACCUCCACCACCCAAAGCCAGUUGGUACAGCCCAUCUCUGGAGACCAUACCACCAACGGUACCUGUGGGGUCAAAGAUCCUGCUACGGCGUUGGAGCGUGUGGAGAGGCAACGGGAGCGCUGGGAGAGACGCCAGCGGAGGAAGAGGAGGAUACGCCAGCGUUCCAUCAGCAGGGAGAAGUGGGUGGAAACGCUGGUGGUGGCCGAUUCCAAGAUGGUGGAGUACCACGGCACCAAGGGCGUGGAGAGCUACGUACUGGCUGUCAUGAACAUCGUGUCAGGGUUGUUUCUCGAUGCCAGCAUUGGAAACCCCAUCAACAUCGUAGUGGUUCGUCUGAUCCUGCUGGAGAAGGAAGAGGAAGACCUGAAGAUCACCCACCACGCUGACAACAGCCUGAGCAGCUUCUGUAAGUGGCAGAAACGUCUCAACGUGAAGGGAGAAGAACACGCGGUCCAUCACGACGUGGCCGUCCUUCUCACCAGAAAGGACAUCUGUACGGCCAUCAAUAAACCAUGUGAGACCCUGGGCCUGUCACAUGUGGCAGGCAUGUGUCAGCCCCACCGCAGCUGCAGCAUCAGUGAGGACACGGGCCUGCCGCUGUCCUUCACCAUCGCCCACGAGCUCGGGCACAACUUUGGGAUUCAGCAUGAUGGGAACGGCAAUGACUGUGAGCCGAUUGGGAAAAGACCUUUCAUCAUGUCUCCACAGCUCCUGUAUGGCACCUCCACCCCCAGCUGGUCGCGCUGCAGCCGGCAGUAUAUCACCCGCUUCCUCGAUCGAGGCUGGGGCUGGUGCCUGGAUGACCCCCCCGUGCGGGACGUGCUGGAUCUGAACUCUGUUCCCCCCGGGGUCCUGUACAGUGCUGCCCACCAGUGCCGCCUACAGUACGGCUCUGGAUCCCUGCUCUGUGACGACGUGGACAAUGUCUGCAGUACGUUGUGGUGCACUGUGGGGACAACUUGUCACUCAAAGCUGGAUGGUGCGGUCGACGGAACCAGGUGUGGUGAGGACAAGUGGUGCUUUGACGGGGAGUGUGUUGCGGUGGGACACCAGCCUGAGAGCAUCAAAGGAGGCUGGGCUCCAUGGAGCGAGUGGUCUGCCUGUUCCAGAACCUGUGGGGCCGGAGUUCAGAACGCCCAGAGGGACUGCGUCAACCCAGUUCCCAAGUACGGAGGGAAGUACUGCGUGGGGGAGCGAAGGCGCUACAAGAUCUGUAACAGCACCCCUUGCCCCCCCAACCAGCCCUCCUUCAGACUCAUCCAGUGCAGUCACUUUAACACCAUGCUUUACAAGGGCAAGUUGUACAAAUGGGUGCAGGUAAACAACAGAGUGAACCCCUGCGAGCUGCACUGCCGCCCUCUGAACGAGUACUUCUCAGAGAAGAUGUUGGAUGCCGUCAUUGACGGGACCCAGUGCUACGAGGGCAGCUUGAGCCGAGACAUGUGUGUUAACGGCAUCUGCAAGAAUGUGGGGUGUGACUAUGAGAUUGACUCCAACGCGGUGGAGGAUCGCUGUGGCGUUUGCCAUGGCAACGGGUCUACUUGUGAGACUGUGAAGAAGACCUUUGAGGAGAGCGAAGGGCUUGGGUAUGUGGACAUUGGGCUGAUUCCAGAGGGGGCUCGGGACAUUCGUAUCGAGGAGGUGGCUGAGGCUGGGAAUUUCUUGGCUCUCCGGAGUGACGACCCCGGAAAGUACUUCCUGAACGGCGGUUGGACUAUCCAAUGGAAUGGGGAAUACAAAGCAGCGGGGACAGUGUUCACCUAUGAGAGGUCAGGCCAACUGGAGAACUUGACCUCCCCUGGACCAACCCUAGAGCCAGUGUGGAUACAGCUACUCUUCCAGGAGACCAACCCAGGGGUGCGCUAUGAGUACACCAUCCAUAGAGAGACUCUUAUGGACUCAGACAAUGACAUCCCUAUCCCCGGUUUCUUCUGGAAGUAUGGCUCAUGGACUGAGUGCAGUGCCACCUGCGGGACAGGUGUUCAGCGACAGAUUGUUCAUUGUGUGGAGAGGACCUCUGGGAUAGUAGAAGAGGGCUACUGUGACUCGACGACCCGUCCUGACGAUAAACGAGCCAGCUGCAAUGAGGAGCUUUGCCCGGCAAUAUGGUGGGUGGGCGAGUGGCAGAAGUGCUCGGCCACGUGCGGUGAGAAGGGCUUGGCCAAGAGGACGGUGCUGUGCAUACAGGCCGUGGGUCUGGAGGAGAACAGAGCCCUGCAGCCCUCUGAAUGUCACCACAUGCCCAGGCCUGAGUCAGCGGCGCCUUGUAACGCUCAUGUCCCCUGCCCCGCAGACUGGUCCACAGGCAACUGGUCAGAGUGCUCGCUGACGUGUGGCGGUGGUGUGCGGAGCCGAAAGGUUGUCUGUUCCAGAAACACAGGGGUGGACUGUGACCCCCGAAAGAAUCCCAGUUCCCUUACUCCAUGCUACCUCCAGGACUGUCCUCAGAUCAUCGACGUCUUCGGUGGCAGCAACGACUGGUCUGGCAGUGGCUCAUCAAGCAAGGAAAUCAAUGAAAUCAACUCCAUCCCUGACUCCAACCCCCUGCCCAAACACAGUACGACUAGAGCUCAGCCAAGGGCCCCUAACAAUCUGAAUAACAUCAUCCCCCACCCGAAUCACAUUGACAAGACUACUGACAACUCAGCCAAAAACAAUGUACCGGUGGACGAUUUUUACUACGACUACAACUUCAUCAAAUUCCACGAGGACAUUUCCUAUGACUUUGGCUUGGGGAACAACGGUAAAGACUUGGUGGAUGAUCUUGGACUAGAACCACAACAGGAGCCUAAACCAAGCUCUAGUGCAGAAGAACAUGUUUACAGAGAAACUACAACAGAUCCUCCCACAUCUACCUCACCUAUUUCUACCACUUUUAAGACGACUCCUUUCAUCAGAGAAGUUGAGGAACCACAAGACCCUAACCUGGACAAUGCAGAGGUUGAUGGAAGACCACAGAUGGAGAAACACAAUGAAGUAGAGCGAGAGGAGGAGGAUGUACUCCUUUCAGAGGACUAUUUUCUACCUGUUUCCACCACACCCUCAGCACCAGUUUUAAGGACCAGGUUUUCACAAAGCUGGAAAGGAACAAACGGUAAUUUUGGUUGGCCUCAUUACCUCAGCUCAACAGCCAGCACGGUGUCCAAUAGCAUGGGGACCACUGAGAACGCACAUGGGCCCCAGAGUGAAGAAAAUGAUGAUGAAAGCACUGACAUUUAUGUCCAUUUUGAUGUGCAAGACGGCAAUGUUGGUACAACCAUCGAAUGUACCACCACUACCCCUGUCAGCCAUGACUAUGAAGAUGGCACCGUACCCACAACAAUGGUAGAAGAGGUGAAAGAAGUGACUGCAAUUGGACUACAAUCCCCUGGCUACCAAGAUGAAACGGAGAGCCCGGUUCCACCCCUGGAUCCACCUUCCCCAGGUCCUGUGUUUAAGUUUGAAACAUACGAGGACAGCUUUUUCACCACAACCCUGUCCCAAUGGGAGGCAACCACCUCUCUUCCAUACGCGCCACCAGCCCCAGACUCCACUGAGGAUUACAAUGGCGUUUUCCCUGGUGAACCAGACUUUGAUCAGCAGGACUUUGAAAAUGAGGCCAAUGCUGAUAGCGAAGUCAAUUUCGGGGUCACCGACAGGGACUUCACCGUGACCUCACGUCGUCUGUCUCAGGAGCCACAUCUUCCACCCUCUCCUCCCCCACCUCUUUCCCAUUCACUCUCAGGAAACCAGGAGAACAUCAAACACAGCACAUCAACAACUGGAAGUGACUCCUCUCCUCCUACUUAUCUGGAAGGAGACCCUCAGUCUCCACCUGGAAGUGACUCCCCUUCUUCCACUCAUCUGGAAGGAGACCCUCAGUCUCCACCUCCGUCAAUGUUAGAGACAGAGCCAGCCACAGCCCAGUUAGAGACAGACAUUUCAGCACAGUCCUCCACGACUGGGCCAACUCCAUCUAAAGGGGCCAAUGCGGGCCCUCCAGUCCCCUCCCCAUACGGGUGGUCAGAGAUUGACUACAAUGAGAUCCUCAUCCCCCCCAUGCUGAGAUCCAGGGGCUUGGACCCUCCCCUCACAUACCAGCCCCCAGUGGAUGUCACCACAACCACUCCCCAGGAUGGCACGAAACCCAUGCCCCUCACCCAGUCUGAGCCAGCCGUGCCCCCCACCCAUUCCCCUGAGCCAGCCGUGCCCCCCACUCAGUCCCCUGAGCCAGCCGUGCCCCCCACCCAUUCCCCUGAGCCAGCUGUGCCCCCCACCCAGUCCCCUGAGCCAGCCGUGCCCCCCACCCAUUCCCCUGAGCCAGCUGUGCCCCCCACCCAGUCCCCUGAGCCAGCUGUGCCCCCCACCCAGUCCUCUGAGCCAGCCAUACCCACUCUGCCAACCCAUUCUCCCACUACACUCUGGUGGACACCAGAGCCAACCCCAGUGCCAAGCCAAGCUUCAACUCCAAUCGCCACAGCUUCCUUCUGGAGAGCCGGCAACUGGAGCGCAUGUUCUACAAGCUGUGGUCUGGGGGCCAUCUGGAGGCUGGUGGUCUGCAGCACGGGACUGGAGUCUGACUGUGACCUGACCAAGAGGCCUGUGCCGGCCCGGCGCUGCUACCUCCGACCCUGCUCCUCCUGGAGGAUAGGGAACUGGACCAAGUGUUCCAAGAACUGUGGUGGUGGGGUGACCCUGCGUGAGAUCCACUGCUUUGACACCAGGGACCAGAGGCCUUUGCGGCCCUUCCACUGUCAGACUGUGUCUACCCGGCCGGUGGCCCGCAUGCCCUGCCUACCCCAGCCCUGCCUGGACUGGUACUCUUCUUCCUGGGGACAGUGCUCUGAGGUGUGUGGGGGAGGGGAGCAGCAGCGUCUGGUUACCUGUCCAGAAGAGGAUCGCUGUGAUGAGGACCAUCUGCCCAGCAACAUCCAGGCCUGUAACAGCCAACCCUGUACCCAAUGGGUCACUGGCUCCUGGGGACAGUGCUCUGCAUCCUGUGGUGGCGGCGUGCAGCGGAGGCUGGUGAAAUGUGUGAACACCAAGACGGAGCCUGGGGAGGAGGAGGAGCAUGCCCAGUGUGACUCUGAGCCCUGGCCAGAAAACAGCCAGAAGUGUAACCUUAAUGAGUGUGACAGCGGUCCCGCUGGGCUCACGUGUCUUCGUGACCGCCUCACGUUCCGUUUCUGUCAGACCCUCCAGUGGCUUGGCCGAUGCCACCUGCCCGCCGUGCGGACGCAGUGCUGCAAGACCUGUGGCCGGCGUUCCCGUGGCAACGAGCGCACGUCCCGUCGCUGAGGUCAGCGAUCAAUAUAGGGUGGACAUGGUCACCCACACUCUUACACUCACACGCACAGACAUGGACACACACACAGACAUGGACACACACAACACAUACAGAUGAUCAGGUAGCAGCUCUGGACCUGCAAAAUUGCAGCAUCCAUCUUGUCCAUCUGUCAUUGAAGGGUGAAUCUUGAGCUGGAUACACACACACACAAUUUCUCAUACAGGUCUAGUUUCAAAUUGGUAGCUACUCUCACCCUGCUGUCCUGGCUGCUGGGUCAGAGCUGCUGGGUCAGAGCUCCUCAGCCAGUGGUGAUAGAUCCACAUUCUCGGGGGCAGGAAAACCAUACCUGAGCUGUGCUUGAUUAGUUUGCCUGGUAUAAUGGAACCAAUGGAAUAAUCCCAAAGGUGCUAAUAGAAUUAUAUCAAGCACUCCUCAAAUAAUGAUUUUACACAUAGUAGGAUGGGACCACAUGACACAACACAAAUUCCUCCAAACUGUAUAAUGAAGAAACAUGGUUGUUGCUCUCUCUACUGUUGAGAUAAUGAUGUAUGUGUUUGUUUGUACUUUUCUCUCUGAUGGAUCCAACUGUUAUUCUGUUUUGAUUGUGACAAAUGUUGCAGCUGGAACACGUGGUUUAGUCAUAUGUCUGGUCCAGCCAGUAGCAACGUGGACUGGAACACGUGGUUUAGUCAUAUGUCUGGUCCAGCCAGUAGCAACGUGGACUGGAACACGUGGUUUAGUCAUAUGUCUGGUCCAGCCAGUAGCAACGUGGACUGGAACACGUGGUUUAGUCAUAUGUCUGGUCCAGCCAGUAGCAACGUGGACUGGAACACGUGGUUUAGUCAUAUGUCUGGUCCAGCCAGUAGCAACGUGGACUGGAACACGUGGUUUAGUCAUAUGUCUGGUCCAGCCAGUAGCAACGUGGACUGGAACACGUGGUUUAGUCAUAUGUCUGGUCCAGCCAGUAGCAACGUGGACUGGAACACGUGGUUUAGUCAUAUGUCUGGUCCAGCCAGUAGCAACGUGGACUGGAACACGUGGUUUAGUCAUAUGUCUGGUCCAGCCAGUAGCAACGUGGACUGGAACACGUGGUUUAGUCAUAUGUCUGGUCCAGCCAGUAGCAGCGUGGACUGGAACACGUGGUUUAGUCAUAUGUCUGGUCCAGCCAGUAGCAACGUGGACUGGAACACGUGGUUUAGUCAUAUGUCUGGUCCAGCCAGUAGCAACGUGGACUGGACCAGCGUACUUAUUUAGCAUACAGUUGUUACACAUUUGUUAACUACAAGAUCACCUUGUAGCUCGUACAAUGCUUUGUAUUGAUAGGAGCUGAUGUAGCGACUAGUACAUGUAGCAUAAGCAACACCACUUGUCAAGUUGGUUCCCAGCUUGUGAACAAUGCUUUAUAAAGCAGCUACGUAGUGUAAUUAGAGUUUCAUGAAUGCUUAUAAAGUGAGUAAAAAAAAAAAAGCCAAAUUCUUUGACAAUGGUGCUGCGAAAAUAACCUGGUGCUAGAGGCGGCCUCGAGCGUCAAACUCCGUCAGGUCAGGUGUUGGCUGACCAGUGCCUUUUCUACUUGAAUCCUUCCUUCCAUUAAAGUAUUUGUCUCUAAAUUCUGCCGUUUUAGUAUUUGACAUUUUAGUAUUUGUCUCUAAAUUCAGCCAUUUUAGUAUUUGUCUCUAAAUCUCAGUAGAAUUCAGCUUUGACCUUACUUACAGUAAUGGGAGAAUUGUUCAGUGUACAGGGGAAUAGAAUCAUUAGAAUAAUGUUACUUUUAGCCAUUCUCAGAGAAUUACGGAGGGCAUUGAGGUUCUAGAACAACAGCACAAGGGAGGAAUAUAUGAAUUGCUAAUUUAAGUUAUCAGUGCAUUGCUUUUAUAAAUUAGAAUGAAUCAUUUUGUAUGCCUCCAAGAAUGAGUAUUUCUUCUGUCAUUUUGAUGGAGUGAGUGGCUGUAAUAUUUUGUUUAGGCAAUAUGCAAACACUUGACCCGCCUCACCCUAAUUUAUGCACUCAGAUGUGUAAUUAUUACUAAUGAUGAUACAUUGUUCUAAGAAUACAUUUCCUGUCAAAUGUUUCGCUUUUAAAUUAGUUCUUUCAGAAUUCCUUUGUUUUUGAGGAUACUCUGUUAAAAAACAACAAUAUAUUUUCUCAUCGUGGCACUGAUAAAUCAUCAAUACUUACAGUAGUUUCCACUCUGAGACCUUUAUUCUUAUCCACCUUUGUUUUCACCAUUUUCUUGACGAUUUAGUUUAUUUUGUAAAUCUGUGACCACUGAGAGAUACUGUAUAUGUGUCACUUUUGAUUUUGAAAUGUAAUUUUUAGUUUGACCAUACACAUUAGAGUUGAUAAUGAUGAUAAAUCUUCAGCAGUCCUUUACGUUUCUAGAGACUCAGAAGCAGUUUAUAUCACUCCUGAUUCAGGGAUCCUUUUAGUCAUGCAACCUGAGGAAAUUAGGAUUUACCACAAGGUUUGUUCUGACAGAUGAAUGAUUAGUCUUGUAAAUGUUUUGCUUUAUAAGUGAUGUAUCCUCUAUGUACAGUCAUAUUUUUCCAGCAGCUUCCCAUUCCUGUAGUGAUGGGACAGAGGUUAUUCUAUGCUCUGGGCUAUAUUGGCACCAUCUGUAAGCGCUGUGGUGAGGUUGAACUCUGACUUCCACCUGAGGUUGAUGGUGAGAACCAGGGCAGAGUAGCUGCCUGAGGCUUUCCUGCAGUGGAUAUGUGGCAUACUACUGUUUGUGAAACAAAGUUUCUAUAUUCGUCUCUGAAGGGCACAGGGAAAGAUCUCUUCUGUUGCUUCUUCUUGCCUCUUAACAAUGUUCAACAGCACUCAAACCCAUCCUCUUACAAAAGCCAUUUAGUCAUGCUUUUUUGUGUUCAUCAAUAGUAGAUUUAUUUUGUAACAUAAAUGUUUGUACUUUACAUUUUGUAUUUAUACCACUUCAAAUAAAAAAUGUUGAAAAUAAA